AUGGCUCGGCUCUCCUUCACAGAAGUGGGCCUGCUGCUUCUGUUAGUGCUGGCUUUGAUGCUCAGUGCCGAGGCAAGAAAGAACAGGCCAAAGACUCUGAAAAGGAGGAAGAGGGAGUGGAUCCUUCCUCCUUCCAAGCUGGUGGAGAACACUGACUACACUAAAAGGGAAUACAUUGCCAAGAUUCGCUCUGAUGAAGACCAAAUUGAAAAGGUGGAGUAUUUUCUCUCCGGACCAGGAGCUGACCAGCCGCCCAUCAACCUCUUUAAGGUGGACCAUGUCACAGGGUUUGUACGCAUCACUGGUAUUCUGGACCGGGAGGAAUGCGCAUCCUACAAUCUAACUGGGGUCGCUAAAUACAGAAACGGUAGCACAGCAGAGAACAACAUCCCAAUGACAAUCACAGUCCUGGAUGAGAAUGACAACGCUCCUUAUUUUGAGCUGCAUACUGGCAACAUCACAGAGGCAAGCAGAAAAGGAACCUUUGUCAUGCAGAUCAAGGGGAAAGAUAAGGACCAAGCUGGAACAAUUAAUAGUGCGAUCGCCUACAGCAUCGUCAGUCAGGAGCCAGCAGGCACAGGUCACAUGUUCACUCUAGACGAAAAGACAGGAAAACUGUACGUCAAAGAGGAAACGCUGGACAGAGAGAUUUAUGACUUCUACAAACUGAAUAUAAUGGGGAUUGAUUUAGGAGGGUCAGUCAUGGGGCUAACGGGGACAGGAACUGUGGAGGUCAAAGUCCUGGACAUCAAUGACAACAUCCCCACUCUGGAACAAUCUGAGUACGUUGGCUCAGUGGAUGAAAAUGUUGCUGAUGUAGUUGUGAUGAGAAUCAAAGCUCUGGACAAAGAUCUUGUACACUCAGACAACUGGCUGACUGUCUAUACAAUCGCUAAAGGAAAUGAGGAUAACCUGUUCUCCAUUGAGACAGACAAAGAAACCAAUGAGGGCAUCCUGAGGCUGAUCAAGCCUUUGGAUUUUGAAGAACUCCAACAUCUUGAGCUUGGCCUGGUCAUUGAGAAUGUAGCUCCUUUUGUGAAUGGCAGUGCUAUACUGAUGGAUGUGGGCAUUCAGGCUGGAGAGGGUAAUCCUGUGGCUACUGGAGCCGGAGCCGGAGCCGGAGCCGGUGCCGGAGCUGGAGCCGGAGCCGGAGCCGGAGCCGGAGCCGGUGCGGGUGCGGGUGCGGGUGCGGGUACGGGUGCGGGUGCGGGUGCGGGUGCGGGUGCGGGUGCGGGUGCAGGGCCGGGUGCGGGUGCGGGGCCGGGUGCGGGUGCGGGUGCAGGUGCGGGGCCGGGUGCGGGUGCGGGUGCGGGUGCAGGGAUUAAGCCAGGUGUCAAACCAGGAACAAAGCCGAAGCCAGAUGCGAAGAGCUAUCCCAUUAAAAUAGCAGUGAAUAAUGUGCCAGAGGGACCAGCAUUCAUACCUGACACCAAGAAUGUUCCUGUAUCAGAAGAUCCAAAUGAAAUACCUGAGGAUGGGGUGAUCACAGUGUUUGCUGCUGUUGAUCCAGACACAGGGAAACCAGCUGAAGAUGUCAGUUAUGCCAAAGCCUAUGAUCCAGGAAACUGGUUUACCAUCGAUGAAGAAACAGCUGAGAUUAAACUCAACAAGGCACCAGAUAGAGAGUCGCCGUUCUUGGUGAAUGGUACCUAUAUUGCCAAGAUUCUGGCCAUCAGCAAAGACAUGCCGUCAAAGACAGCCACAGGAACAAUAGCCAUUCAAGUCGCUGACUCCAAUGACCACUGCCCCACCCUGACCACCACUCACAGCACUCUGUGCUCUGAUGUAAAAACUGUUUAUGUUACUGGCUUUGAUAAGGAUGAUAGUCCCAACGCUGCACCCUUCACAUUCAGAAUCAUACCUGAUGGGACACGAGGCAGCUGGGACGUAGAGGUCAUCAACGAGACGAGUGCCGCUCUUCACUCUCGUGAGGUGCUGUGGCCCGGCUCAUAUGCACUGCAGGUGGAGGUGUUGGACGCUCAGGGUCUGUCUUGCCCGGCCAAUGACAUUUUUACUGUGGACGUUUGUACCUGUGUGGAAACAGAUGAGUGCAGGUUAAAGGCAGCCAAACAAGGAACUACUGCAUCGGAUCUCUCUGCCCCUGCCAUCGGCCUGCUGCUCAUGGCAAUGUGCUUACUGAUGUUCAUCCCUCUUCUCCUGCUGUUCUGUCAGUGUGGAGGAAACCUCUUUCCUGAGCAGUUUAGUGACCUGCCAUCUGACACCAAAGAACAACUUAUAUCCUACCACACUGAAGGCAGAGGCGAGGAUAAGGAAGUGCCACUUCAAAGUGUACCUAUCAUGUUGAGUGCCCAGAAGAAAGUUUCGACCGCACCAAACUUCAACACCAUUAGUUCAAAAAACAAGGGAACUAAUCAGACAACUGCAAUUUAUGAUGAAUCUUUGUACAAGUUUCAGGAAACUAGGCAAAGUUUGAUAGAGGUAGACAACGCGUACAGGUUUUCAAGGGAACUGUUCAACCAUGGCAAUGAAAGUGCUACGUUCAGCAGGAAAACACUUGGUGUCCAACACACGACAGCUCUGUAUGAGGAUAUAGCCUUACCUGAUGCUAUCCUCAAUGAUUACUAUUCACAGAAAGCGGUGUGUGCUGUGCCAGUGAAGGACUGUCUUUUGGAGUAUCAUUUUGAGGGCCAGGGCUCCUCUGCUGGCUCUGUGGGCUGCUGCAGCCUCCUGGAGUCCGACAAUGACCUGCACUUCCUCAAUGACCUUGGGUCAAAGUUCAAGACUCUGGCUGAGAUUUGUUCCCCUCCUACACAAGCACCUAAACUUUCCCUGACACACAAAAUAGCAGGUGCUGUCAAAACCACAGUUACUAUGGUUGAACCGGUUGUUAAGCCCAAAAUUAAGCGCAGUGUUGAAACAAAGCAUACCGAUAUAAAGACAGAGACAGUCAUGUCAUCUACUAAUAUCUCAAAAUCAUCUGUCAGUAAUGUAAGCACUGCCCCUCAAUCCAUGGCACUUCCUCACACCCAGGUUACUAACAUCAGUCAUUCUGCUACUCUGCCCCGUCAAGAUCAGACAGUCAUACUACAGCAGCAGCCCAUUUAUUACACCACCAGCCCUGUACUACAGCCCAUGCAGUAUGUAGUUCAACCACAGCUUCAGAACACAGUUCUGCUGGCAGGUACAGCCCAUGGAGCCAAUUUUCCAGGCCUGUAUGUAGUCAGUGGGCCCCAGAGUCCUUCUUCAGGACUCGUAAUCAGUGGACCCCAAGGCUCUCCUUCUGGGCUAGUUAUCCAGGGCAUUGAGAACCCCAAAAGCCCUACCAGCCCAGUUAGCCCUACCCUAUUACUACCUGGUUUCCCAGGCUUGUCUCAGGGUUCAGGCGCUGCGGAGGGCUGGAAAAUAAUAGGUCCAAAUCCCAAUGGUAAUUAUAUCUUAGUUAAGGAUAAGAGUAGUCCAGGUGAGGCAGGUGAAGUGAACCCAGGCUCAUCUCAGGGCACUUUGCCCAGAGGUGCUAUCCUGGUAAAAGAGGCUGCUCCCCCUCAGGGGGUGUUAGGCCCAGCAGCCCAGAGGAGUGUGUAUGGCAUUCUGCCAGGCCACACCUUUGCUGAAAGGGGGGAUGUUGUUGCAGUAAAUAGCAAUUUGGGGCAAACAUGGGUUGGGAAGCCAGUCUACGCUGUGGUCACACCCUUCUGCUGCAGAGAGCUUGGCUCUCAGUGA